AUGGGCGGCCCGGUUGCUUCUCAUGUCGCUGGCACAACCGUGCCAGACUUCAAGAACAUCGCGAACAAUACCCAUGGACACUGGUGGCUGGAUCCAUGCUUGAGAAUGAAUGUAUUUCAUUGCCUCGGUCUAUGCAUUGACUUUGUUUUUCAAUGGAUUCUACUCAAUGGUAUCCAAAGCAUCAAUCAAUGGCAAGACUAUUUUCAUACCCCUUCGGCCCACACCCUUGGCUUGAUGGCUUCGGCUGGAUUUCUCCCGGGCGUCGCUGCUGGGUUCGCCGCAGAUCGAUUCGGCCAGUACUUCGGUCGUCGACCGACAGUCUGGCUAGGUUCUCUCAUCUCUAGUACCGCCUCAUUCUGCGGCGGCCGUGCCUUUAUGGGAUUCGGGGUGAAUUUUGCUCUGGUUGCCGCUCCUCCGAUGCUUCAAGAAAUUGCACAUCCUCGGAUCCGGUCCCAGCUUGGUGGCUUCUACACCUGCAUCUACUACAUUGCCGCCAUUGCCGUUGGGCCUGCGCUCACCAUUCUGAUGACGCUGACAGCUCCGGAAUCUCCGCGGGAGGCUCUUCGCGAAGAGGACGAGAAUGCCCAAACCAAGUACACCGAUUACCUGAGAGGCUCCGGAAAUCGGCAUCGACUCCCAAUCAUUCUAGUUGUCUCUGUUGGCACCAAUUGGGUCGGCAAUGGAAUCAUCUCCUACUAUCUCAGUCCGACCCUCCAGACGCUGGGCAUCACGGACUCUAGAUCUCAGCUGGAGAUCAUUAUCGGUAUGAAUGUGUGGAAUUUUUUUGUCUCAACAAUCGCCGCUGUAUAUGUGGACCAUAUCGGCCGACGUCCUCUGUGGCUGGUGUCCACAGCUGGCAUGCUCGCCAAUCUAAUCACCGUCAUGGGUCUUUCUGCUUCAUAUUCGAAAUCCCACGCCAGUGGAGUCGGUAUUGCCGUCAUCCCCUUUCUAUUUCUCUUCUAUGGCGCCUAUGAUCUGGCUUGGACGCAAUUGGCAUCUUCUUAUCUAAUCGAAAUUCUGCCUUUCUCGAUUCACACCAAGGGCCAGGCCAAUUUCGUCUGCUUUCAAACCUUAGUAGUUGCUGGCAACACCUGGGUGAACCCCAUUGCACUUGCGGCAACAGCGUGGUUUUCGAUACUUUACUCUGUCUACAUAGGCAUCACGGCGGCGCUCUGCGUCAUUAUCUGGUUCAAAUUCCCGGAGACCAAGAACUUGACGAUCAAGGAGAUCGCAAUUCGCUUCGAUGGCGAUAGGGCGAAGGGUAUUCUUGAGGCUUCUCGUGGAGAUGGUGGAGUCCCUGAACCUUUCGAAGCUGCCUCGGCCACUAUCACUGGUGAAAAGGCCGUUGCCGGUGAUCCAACAGAACACGUGGAGUUCCCUGGCCAGUGA